AUGGGUAAUUUACCAAAAGCAAGAGUUAAUGAAGCAAUUCCAUUUACAAUAGUUGGGGUUGACUUUUGUGGACCUUUUUUAGUUAAAGAAAAGAAAGAAAGAAAUAGAAUUAAAGUUAAAAUAUACGUAGCAGUCUUUGUAUGUCUCGUCAUCAAAGCUGUACAUCUAGAAAUGGUCAGUGAUUUAACUACUGAUUGUUUUAUUGCUGCUUUAAAAAGAUUUGUUGCAAGACGUGGUUACCCGACUGAUAUUUAUUCAGACAAUGUAGAUGAAAUAAUGGAUAAAGCGUUAUUAUGUAGAAAAGAUGAUUUAAAUUCAUGCUUUUACAUUGAUGGACCGGGUGGAUCAGGAAAAACAUAUGUCUAUAGUACAAUAUAUCACUUAUUAAGAAGCGAUGGAAAAAAAGUUGCUACAAUGGCUUUUACAGGAAUUGCGGCAAUAUUGCUUCCAGAAGGAAGAACAAUGCACAAUCUAUUUGCAAUGCCGGUUGCAAUGUAUGCUGAUUCAACUUCGAAUAUUAAACAGCAAUCAAAAGCAGCAGAACUCAGAAACAUUGAUGUGAUAAUUUGUGAUGAAGCACCAAUGGCACCGAGAUACUGUUUGGAACUAGCUGAUCGAACCUGCCGUGAUAUAAUGAAUAAUAAACUACCUUUCGAAAAUAUGAGAACUUUACCGGAAAAAUCAGAGUUUGCUAAAUAUAUACUAGACGUUGGAAACGGCACAAUAAAUGAUAAUAAUGACAAUUUAAUGAACGCAAGUAUGAAAGUUUAUCGAAAGUUGCUGUAUUAUCAUGUAGAUAACAUAAAUGAUAAAGUGGUGCAAUUUUUGGACAAAGAUACAGAAAAAAUUUUUACUGGAAUUGAUAGUACUGAAAAUUGUGAUAAUGGAGAACUUAAUAAUUCUAUUUUACCAGAAUACUUAAAUACGUUAAAUCCACCAAAUUUUCCACCAUAUGAAUUAAAAUUAAGGUUGUACUGUAUUGUCAUGCUUUUGCGUAAUAUUAGUCAAAGUGAAUGUUUAUGUAACGGAACGAGAUUGCAAAUAUUAAGUAUGUCUAAUAAUCUUUUAAAAUGUAAAAUUUUAACUGGUGAUAAAGCAAAUGAUAUCGUAUUCAUACAUCGCAUAAGUCUCUAUUGUGAAGAUGUUUAUCCUUUCAUGUUUAAACGAAGACAAUUUCCAAUCAAGAUAGCAUUUGGAAUGACGAUAAUUAAAUGUCAAGGACAAACAUUCGAAAUGGUCGGUGUUGAUCUUAGAAAAGAUGUUUUUAAUCAUGGUCAAUUGUACGUAGCAUUUUCACGGAUCGAUUGA